AAGUGUUCAAGAUUCUAGUUGGGUCGAAUUAGAAUAUGUUUGUAUUUCAGAUCCAGGAGUAGAUAAUCCACAUUUGCUUAGUUUACAGAGAUACAAAAAAAAAAAAAAAAGAUUCAUCAUUUCAGGGGUGAAUGGGAUUAGCUAGGAGCCAUUCAAUGAGGAACGGGGACUACUUGGAAGGAAUGGUGAGUAGCAACAAGCCAAUAAGAUCACCACAGCAAAAGACUGCAACUUCUGCUAGGCUUAUACCACUUCUGACAUGCUUACAAUUCACCUUUGCUGUCUAUGCUACAUUCCUUUUGUACUACAUGAGCCCUGCUGUGGAUCUCAGAACCAAACCCGACUUCUCUUGGAUCGCGCACCGGUGGAGGCACUUCACGACCCCGAAAUUGGUCAGCAAGGCUGUGGUGAGAGCCGAGAUCACCCCGAAAUUGAAUCCCAUGCCCCGCUCUGAAGUUUGCGAGCACGAAGAGAUUGGUUUUCUGCAGAAGAAGUCUGAUGAUGCUGUGAUGGUUAAGAUGAAGAGGGAGCUUUAUGAACAAGUGUUGGAUUUCCAGAACAGGAGGUUUGGUACCGAGACCCUGUCUGAGCUUAUGGCGAUGGAGUCGGAGUGGGAUUUGGGCGGUCCAAACAGGCCGAAAAUCACAGUAAUUCUCAACCAUUUCAAGAGGAAGACCCUCUGUGCACAGCUUGACUCUCUGCUGAGACAGACCCUCCCCUUUCACCAUGUUUGGGUGGUUUUGUUCGGGAGCCCUAAUGAGCAGUCCUUGAGGAGAAUAGUCGAGAACUAUAAUGACACGCGAAUAAGCCUCAUCAGUUCUCGCUAUGAUUUCAAGUACUAUGGCAGGUUCCAACUCGCGCUGCAGACAGAAGCUGAUCUGGUUUAUGUCGUGGACGAUGAUAUGAUCCCGGGGAAGAAAAUGCUGCAGAUUUUGGCACACGUGGCGGGGACUGACAAGUACAAGAACUCUGUUCUGGGAAGUAUUGGCAGGAUUCUGCCCUUUAGACAGAAGGAUUUUAGCUUCCCUAGCUAUAGAAAGCCUCGGGCGAAAGAGGCUGGGCUUUACCUGCCUGAUCCUGCUUACGAUAUCUUGGUCGAGAGAAUUGUUCGGGUGGAUUUCCUGUCUAGUUCUUGGUUCCUUUCUGCAGAACUUGUGAAAACUCUCUUCAUUGAAACACCCUUUACUUUCAUGACUGGGGAGGAUUUGCAAUUGAGUUAUCAGCUUCAGAAGUACAGAAAUGGCAGUUCAUUUGUGGUGCCAGUUGAUCCGAAUGAUAAGGAAACAUGGGGAGACAGUGAGCAUAGGUUAGCAUAUGUCUCAGAAACAACUGUGAUCUUCAAAGACAUUGUGCAGGUUAGGGAUGAUCAGUGGUGGAGAGCCCUCUCGAGUGGGUACGUGACACAAUGGGCCGCGAUGCACCCUCAGAAAACAGAUGCCCUCUUCUAUGCCCACUCGGUUGACGAAGUGAAAGCCCUUGCCCCACUUCUCGAGAAGUUCAGGGCAAGUGUUGGGAAGAAGGCCUACAUUGUUGUCUCGGGAGGGAGGUUCUUGGCCUGCGAGGAUGCUGCUGCAGCGCUGAACUGGGCGAAAACGGUGUGCAGAGAGCGCAGGUUCAAGAUUAUGGAUCUGGGAAUCAAUGGCUUGUCAGGAAGUUCGAGUUCUGAAGUGCCUGUUUUGCAGGGAGUUUAUGCCAGCAUGAAAGGGCUGAUCAAGAUUCACAACCCUAGCCUGGUGAUCACAGUUUCUGAUGCCAAUUCUAUCAUCAUCAAAGCACUGAAAAUGGCUGUUGAGGCUGACACAACCAAUGCCACACUUGUUCUCUUGCCAAGGCUGUCUGUACCUAAAGUUCUCUGGAUGCCCGAUCUUCGCUCCUCAACAUUACCAAAUUGGAACCGGAUGAAGGUAACCAUUAGCAUUAUUACUCAAAACCGGGCGAAUUCAUUGGCAAGGCUUCUCAAGUCUCUCACCAAUGCCUACUACAUUGGGGAUGAAAUCCCCAUCACCUUCAACAUGGAUACCAAAGUAGACAAUGCAACUCUAAUGCUAGUGAACUCGUUCAAUUGGCCACACGGGACGAAAACUCUUAGAAGAAGGAUCGUCCAAGGAGGACUGAUCCGAGCAGUGAGUGAAAGUUGGUACCCUUCAUCAGACGACGAGUAUGGGGUACUAUUAGAGGAUGACAUUGAGGUGUCCCCUUACUAUUAUCUGUGGCUUAAGUAUGCCCUCUUGGCCUACCACUAUGACCCUCAAGUGUCAUUCCCUGAGCUCUCCUCGAUCUCCCUCUACACGCCGCGUUUGGUGGAAGUGGUGAAAGAGCGGCCCAAAUGGAACGCCACGGACUUCUUCAAACACGUCCACCCAAACACGCCGUACCUCCACCAGCUCCCCUGCAGCUGGGGCGCCGUCUUCUUCCCCAAACAUUGGAGAGAAUUCUACGCCUACAUGAGCCUUCGAUUCACCGAGGAUCCCAAACAAAACCCUGUCCAGAUCCCCAGAUCCCGAACCAACGGCUGGCAAGCAUCGUGGAAGAAAUUCUUGAUCGACAUGAUGUACCUGCGAGGCUACGUUAGCCUCUACCCGAACUUCCCGAACCAGGCGAGCUUCUCGACCAACCACAUGGAGCCCGGCGCGCACAUCGCGGCCAAGGACAACGUUGUCGGACACAAAAAGGACGACUUCGAGGUGCCGCUGUUGGGAGAGGAGUUCAGCAAGAUGUUGCCUGGCGGGAAAAUGCCGCCGGCGUCGAAACUGCCGGCGCUGAACCUCUUCAACCAGGCUGUUUCUCUGAAGGGGUUGAAGGCUGCCGGAGCGAAGUUGAAGCAGGAUGUUCUUGCGUGCGAGGAGGGCGAGGUGGUCGUCGUUAACCACGACACCGGCCUGCCUUCGCAUUGUGCCAGAUUCUGAUGUUUUGUUUC